AUGGUGCAAAGUACUGUUCGGUACACGAAACUAGCAUCAGAGAUUCAAGAUGAAAUAGAAACUGCUCAUGGUGGCAGCGAUGAAGACCAAGUGACAAUCUACUUAAAGCAGCCUACCAACGGUCUGCAGGGAGAGGCGGGGAAGAAAGACACAUGGGUCCGGGUGGUGAUGGCCCUCGUUCUGCUGGGCAUAGUCUUGGUCUUCAUGAUUCUUGAGUGCAAUGGCUGGUGGUCAGGCCUCCAGGGUGCAGGGGGCAACAGUUCCUAUAGCAAGAUCAUGAAAACCCAAGAGGAGCAUGACCACCACCUCCACGUGGGGGAUGCCAAGGGUGACGACCACAAAGGCGGAGAUCAUCACCAUCAUCAUGAUCACGCUUCACUGUACCACCAUGCUGUUGUCCUGACAGCCUCAGAUAACUGUUCCAAGGUUGGCAAAGAGCUUCUCCAGGAGGGAGGAAAUGUUGUUGAUGGAGCAGUUGCAUCUCUGCUCUGCUUGGGAGUUGUCCACCCCCACAUAGCAGGAGUAGGUGGUGCAUUCUCGGCCAUUCUGUACAACGGCACAACAGGAUCACUCAAAGUAAUAUAUUCCACUGGACCACAAGUGCCCUCAAUGCCUUAUGGAGUCCCAUCCAUACUGCAGGGUGUCAGAGAGCUGCACUCUCGAUGGGGACAUUCAGAAUGGCGCAGUCUUUUCCAAGGAGCCAUCGGCUUAGCUGAGGAUGGCUUCCUGAUCGACGGCAUUCUCGGAAGGGCCUUGGAAGCUCACGAGGAUGAAAUCACCACGUCCGAUCUAUGUGACCUGUUCUGCAACGAGAGCAGACAUCUGAAAUCAACCGGCAUGCUCAUGUCCAACCGGAAUCUUGCCGAGCUCUUGCGGGGUGCCAGCCUAAAUGAGUCCCAUUUCCCAGAAACGCUGGCCAUGAAAUUGGCUGAGGACCUCUCCCUGCAUGAGAGGCCUGCUUUCUCCGCUGCCGUUCAACGAAGCCAUGGAGAAAUCAAUGAGCCUCUUAUCGCUGAGGGGGAGAAAUACACUGUCCUUUCAGACACCUCCCCUCUCACGGGCUUGAUGCUAUCUGUUAUAUUAGAGCGAGUCAGGGAGCAAAGCGUGGCCUUUCAGGGAAGCGGAGAUCUUAACAGUGUUGCUGCCUCUUACGCCAGCCUCUUUAACUUGACUUGGGUACUCAACAAUACGGGCGAGAAAAACCUGGGCUCCACAGAGUUAUUUGGUCUUAACAUGCGGGGCAGUCACAUUGGGGUGCUGGACAGGCGCGGCAAUUUUAUCAUCAUGUCGGCUUCUCUGAACGCCACAUGGGGUUCCAGGCGGCUCCUGCCAUCCAGCGGGGUUAUCCUCAGCAGUUUUACCACAAACAUCUCACACUCACCUUACGUCAGCUUUCCGUUAGUUAUAAAGAUCAGCACUGACAGCGACCCUGAGAGCGAUGGCGAUGAGGGAGACAGUGAAUUGGAAGUCAUUGCUGUUGCCGGAGGUCUUUCUGCUGUGUUUAAUGCUGCCAUUCUGCUGCAUAACAGGGUUGACUUUGGAAUGCCUUCGGCGGAGGCUGUUGGCAGUCCACUCCUCCACCUGGAGCAGGGAACCACUACGGCUGUGGCUGUUUGUCUGUCUGCCAUUUCAAAUGGCUCUGAUAUUUAUAGGCUGCUCCCGGAGUGGGCUGGGAGGUUACAGGAGGUGGAGGAGUGCGCGGAUGACUCCGUGUCCAUGCUGCUGCGCUUCCAUGCGGACCACGUUAGCACACAUAGUGCCCCUGCUGUCACUGACCACACCGAUGGCUACUGA